AUGUUAUUGCCUGCAGAUGGCCUGAAAACAAUUGAAGGGAGGAUUGAAGUAGGAAAUCUGAUUCUCUUCAAUAAGUCUCUGGUGUUUGAAGUUCAGGGAGUAAGGAGGUACGCUUCAUUCUUUGACAUGUUGGAGGCAGAAAGCCUUGAAAAAGUUCUUCCAGGAGUUGAAAGUGUUGAAGAAGGUGUAAAGGUCUAUCGGAGGUUUUUUACAGGAGAGAAGGAACGUGAAAAUGGUGUUUUUGCAAUCAUUUUUUCAAAACCUGCCCUUCAACUUUACAUAUCUCUGGCUAGCUUAUUUUCUGUGGGUUCACUUUCUUGUGAAACACUGAAACCAUAG